UUGGGGCCAACCCGACUUCUACCCCUCAAAACAUUGUAGCGGAGAGUGAAAUGCGAAGACAAUGGCGCUGCUUCUCAACCUAAGCUCGCCGUCCCCAACCUCAUUCCAGUCGACUCGUCACCUCCCCACCACCACUCGCUCCCGCCAAAAUGAAGCUGCCCAAGAAUGGUCGUCUCUGCUCCACAACCUCAAGUCCCACGGCAGAUUCUCUUGCCUCUUCUCAGGCAAUCGCAGAGAGGACCAAGCACGGAAAGCAUUAGAAGGUGCCCUGGGUGGAAAGAAAGAUGAAUUUGAGAAAUGGGACAAAGAGAUUAAGAAAAGAGAGGAGGUGGGUGGAGGCAGUAAUGGUGGUGGAGGGGGCUGGAUUGGGUGGGGCAGACGCUUGGGGUGGUCCAAUGGUGACGAUUUCUGGCAAGAAGCACAACAAGCAAGUCUUGCUGUCUUAGGCAUUCUUGUGAUGUAUCUCAUUGUUGUGAAAGGAGAGCUGAUGCUUGCUGUCGUCUUCAAUCCACUGUUGUAUGCCUUGCGAGGGACAAGAAACGGGUUCACUUUCAUUACUGACAAAAUCUUAAGGAGGACAGAUGAUCAUGCUUAUAUUGAUAGUAUCUCGAAGGAAGAAGCAUAUAGUCAUGUAUCCGCUAAAGAGAGUGUUGUGAAAAAAUGGGGAAGUGAUUGACACUUUUGUCCCAGGUUCGAGAUCCCAUCCAACAUACACUGAGAAUUGGUCACUAUUUUUUGUAUCCUAUGUCUUCUGUAUGAAGUUCAGAAAUAUGUUUGAACUGCUAGCUGCUAGCAAUUGUUCAACGUAGAGAUUUUAUGUGCUA